AAACCCAAUUUAUACACUUGGGUUUAUAAAGCAUUUUCCAUACUUCUUGUUUCUUUGGUAUAGAUUUCUGAGAAAUUAGUUAAAUCUAUAAACAUUUUGAGAGUUUUUAAUGCAUACUGUCAGAUUUAUUUCCAAAAAUCUUAUUUCACCUCUUAGUCAUCUGCAGUUUAUGAGGUCUUUGAGAUUGUGAAAAACACCUUUAAUCUACUCGAAGUCUGAGGGUUUUUAAAUUCUGUAUAGGUAAUGCACAUUUGCAUAAGUCGUUUCUACUGCUAUUGUUAAUAAGCUUAAGAACUGGUGUACUGCUUUAUCUCAAAUUUUCUCAAAUUAGUAAAUUACUCUAAAUAUUCAUAAGCAAGAAAGUGAUGGCGCAUGUAAUGAAAAUCCACGUUCAGCUACCUAAACAUUUCCUUUUACUGAUUAUUUCUAAGAUGAGAGCUAAGUUAAAGUUAGGAAUUAUAGUAAAGUAAUGCUGAAUGUGUCAUGUGAAAAAAUUACUGAACUAUGAUCUGCACUUUAUAGCUCUUCAGUCUAACUUUUCUUUUUAUUUCUUUUUUUAUUUUUAAGAGCAGAAUUAUUAACCCAUUGUUUUAGGCUUUGCAUUUGAACUGGUCAUUCCUAAAACAUUGAAAGGUUUCAUGGAACAAAAGGUUUCAUGGAACGUACUACUCUAUAAGAAGUAUAGUUCUAAAGAUUGAGGACACAUUGUGAACAAGAUAGUCAUAUGCGUAGCUUAUGACUAAAAAUCUACUAUAUACUAAAUCAAUGAGCAAAUUCUCUUCCCAAACCUAUUAUCAUAUUUGCCAAUCUCAUUUGUACAGGGGUAAGGCUAACUCUUGAACAGUAGGUGGGUUUAUUGCAAGGGAAUUGAAGCAUUGCCCCAGGUUCUAGAGGGUCAACUCAUGAGAGGAAACUUGUUACUGCAUAAACUGGGACUAAAACCAGACCUCCAAGCUCCUGUCCCACUGUCUUUUCACCUAUCUCUCUCCUCCAUUUUUCAAGUCCACCUUUGUCUUUAGGAGGAAUAAAUGUGUCCCUCACACAAUGCUCUGUACUGAGAAUGGGCUGUGGGGAUUAAUAAUGUGAAAACUGAAAAGACGGAGAGCACAUUCUUAGCCAAAAAAGGAAAAAAAGAAAAAAGUCAUAUUUUCUCUAAGAAAAUAAAUAACUUUAUAAAGUUUAUUGUACAGGAAAAUUUGGAUUAUCCUUGAAUUGUCAUUUCAAAUCAAAAACAGGAAUUUGACUUUUAUUAUCUUGGGAGAAAUAGGAAUAAAAAAGUAUAAUAAAUAUACUUUAUUCACUAAGAAUAAAUUGCAGAACAGGUUAAGACUCUGGGUGUCGCUGUUCACCAAUCAGGGGGAAAAGACAAACCAGAAAUUUAAUCAGAAUCACAAGAUUUCUGCAGCACAAAGCACUGGCUCUGGAGCUUUAUGAAGCUUCAAGCUGAAGCCCUGAGAUCUCCGGCUGUGAAUACACUUUGUUUUGGACCCAGAAGCUCCUGGGGCUCCUCAGGCCUCCAAAGAGGGAAAACCGAAGCACAGGCGACUCCGCGGCUGGGUUGUAAUGGCGGCGUCUCCUACUCGUCCAGACCGCACCCGGCUGCUCCAGAUCUGCCUUCUCCUGGGGGUUGUGGGAGAAAUCAGGGCCGAACAGAUCCGCUACUCGGUGUUUGAGGAGCAGGAAGAAGGCUCAGCGGUGGGCAACAUCGCCAAGGACCUAGGGCUGGCGCCCCGGGAGCUUGCUGAGCGCGGAGUCCGCAUCGUCUCCAGAGGUAGGACGCAGCUUUUCGCCCUGAACCCGCGCAGUGGCAGCUUGGUCACCGCGGGCAGGAUAGACCGGGAGGAGCUCUGCGACAGAUCUCCAAACUGUGUGACAAACCUGGAGAUUCUCCUAGAAGAUAAAGUAAAGAUUUUGCGGGUAGAGGUAGAAAUAAUCGAUAUUAAUGAUAACCCACCCAGUUUUGGGACAGAACAGAGGGAAAUAAAAGUUGCUGAAAAUGAAAAUCCUGGGACAAGAUUUCCUCUUCCUGAAGCUUUUGAUCCGGAUGUAGGAGUAAACUCCCUGCAGGAUUACCAGCUCAACGCAAACGGUCACUUUUCCCUGGAUGUGCAAAGCGGGGCCGAUGGGAUUAAGUACCCAGAGCUGGUGCUGGAACGCGCUCUAGAUCGCGAGGAAGAGGCGAUUCACCACCUCGUUCUCACCGCCUUCGAUGGAGGUGACCCGGUUCACUCUGGCACUGCCAGGAUUCUCAUAAUAGUUGUGGAUAUCAACGAUAAUGCUCCCGUAUUCACUCAGCCCGAGUACCACGUAAGUGUUCGUGAGAACGUUCCUGUAGGCACCAGGCUACUCAUUGUAAAAGCCACUGAUCCAGAUGAAGGAGCCAAUGGAGAUGUGACAUAUUCUUUCCGGAAAGUAAGAGACAAAAUAUCCCAGCUAUUCAAGUUGAAUUCUCUGAGUGGGGAUAUAACAAUAUUGGGGGAUCUAGAUUAUGAGGACUCUGGAUUCUAUGACAUAGAUGUGGAAGCCCAUGAUGGGCCUGGUCUCCGAGCCAGAAGCAAGGUACUCGUGACCGUUCUGGAUGUAAAUGACAAUGCUCCAGAAGUCACAGUUACAUCUCUCACCAGCUCAGUCCAGGAAACUUCUUCCCCAGGUACAGUAAUUGCACUUUUCAAUGUGCAUGACAGUGACUCAGGAGGGAAUGGCCUUGUCACAUGUUCUAUUCCAGAUAAUCUACCAUUCACACUUGAAAAGACCUAUGGAAAUUAUUAUCGGUUGUUGACACACACAACACUGGACAGGGAAGAAGUCUCAGAAUAUAACAUCACUGUAACUGCCACUGACCAUGGAACUCCUCCACUGUCUACAGAAACUCAUAUUUCACUGCAGGUGACGGACAUCAAUGACAACCCACCUACUUUCCCUCAUGCUUCCUAUUCUGCCUACAUUUCUGAAAACAACCCCAGAGGAGCCUCCAUCUUAUCUAUGACUGCUCAAGACCCCGACAGCGGUGACAAUGCCCGAAUCACUUACUCCCUGGCCGAAGACACCUUCCAGGGUGCACCCCUGUCCUCCUAUGUCUCCAUCAACUCCAACACUGGGAUCCUGUAUGCACUUCGCUCCUUCGAUUAUGAGCAGUUUAGAGACCUGCAGCUACUGGUGACAGCCAGUGACAGUGGAGACCCUCCACUCAGCAGCAACGUGUCACUGAGCCUCUUUGUGCUAGACCAGAAUGACAAUGUCCCUGAGAUCCUGUACCCCACCUUCCCCACAGACGGCUCCACUGGAGUGGAGCUGGCACCCCGCUCCGCAGAAUCUGGCUACCUGGUGACCAAAGUGGUGGCAGUGGACAGAGACUCAGGCCAGAAUGCCUGGCUGUCCUACCGCCUGCUCAAGGCCAGCGAGCCGGGACUGUUUGCAGUGGGGCUGCACACAGGCGAGGUGCGCACGGCGCGGGCCCUGCUGGACAGAGACGCGCUUAAGCAGAUCCUGGUAGUAGUCGUCCAGGACCAUGGCCAGCCCCCUCUAUCAGCCACUGUCACAGUCACUGUGGCUGUGGCCGACAGCAUCCCAGAUGUCCUGGCUGACUUGGGCAGCCUCAAGCCUUCAGCAGACCCAGACGACUCGGGCCUCACUCUCUAUCUCGUGGUGGCAGUAGCCGCUGUCUCCUGCAUCUUCCUGGCUUUUGUCACCGUGCUUCUAGCACUCAAGCUGAGACGCUGGCACAAGUCACGCCUGCUUCAGUCUGAAGGCAGCAGGUGGGCGGGUGUGCCCACCUCCCACUUUGUAGGCAUGGACGGGGUUCAGGCUUUCCUGCAAACCUAUUCCCACGAGGUCUCCCUCACCUCGGACUCCAGGAAAAGUCACCUGAUCUUCCCCCAGCCCAACUAUGCAGACAUGCUCAUCAGCCAGGAGAGCUGUGAGAAAAGCGAGCCUCUUCUGAUAACUCAGGAUUUACCUGAAACAAAAGGAGACCCUAAUCUUCAGGUGAGUCAAUCUUAUAAUAGAUCAUACCAUGCUGAACUAUAGACACAGAGUUGUGUAAAUGUCUGCAAUUAUAUAUGUAAUAUAUCAAAUAAAGCCACCUCUUUUAAUA